GAUUCGACCUCCCAACACAGCAUGGACCCUUCCAGCUUCUUCACCCGCUCCGCGUGGAACAUGGAAGCGCUCUUCAAGGCCAACGACAUCAGCGUCCCUGUCCAGCAGCAUCUCGUCCGUGUGUACACGGCGCUCGCCGCGACGCUCCUUGCCGCAGCCGUCGGCGUCGGCCUCGACAUGGCGUACGACCUCGCGGGGAUCACAACGGUGUGCGCCUCGGUCGGGUUCAUCUUUGGCCUCUUCUUCGUUGAGAAGCACCUCGUGAUGAAGCGCUUGGGCAUGCUCAUGGCCAUCGCGACCUGCACGGGCAUCAACAUUGGCCCGCUCGUCGCGACUGCGCUCAACGUCGACCCGGCGAUUGUCGUCACUGCCUGCUUGGCGACGACAGUGAUCUUUCUUUGCUUCACCGGCAGCGCCUUGAUCGAAAAGCGCCGAUCGUACAUGUACAUCAUGUCGUUCAUCUCGUCGGCGACAAUGGUCAUGUCCCUCAUCUCGCUCGUCAACCUCUUCUCGCGCUCGAUUGCCUUGUACAACGCCCACUUGUACAUGGGCCUCCUCGUCUUUUGCGCGUAUGUGCUCUUUGAUACGCAGAUGAUCAUUGAGAAGGCGACGAUGGGCGACAUGGACUUCGUGCUUCAUGCGCUCGACCUCUUCCUCGACUUUGUCAACAUCUUUGUGCGCUUGGUCGUCAUCCUUCUCCGCAACAAGGAGCAGAAGGACAAGAAGCGCGAAUCGCGCCGCUAAUUGCCUAAAGCGCUGUCGCGCCGACAUGCAAGACCUCAAGCUAGCUUCCAUUCAUAACACUAUUUCAAGUACGAGCCUAACAAUGCGAUGCACUCGGGCC